CAUGGAUAAAAAUACGAUGAACAUUCAAACCUAUAUGCAAAACAUUGGCUUGCAAGCGCGCAAGGCUUCACGCGCGAUGGCGAGUGCCGAUACCAUUCAAAAAAACAAUGCCUUGAACGCAAUUGCCAAGGCGAUUUUGCGUGAAAAAGAUGUGUUACUGGCGGCCAAUAAGCUUGAUUUAGACGCAGCGCGUGCGAACGGUUUAGAGCCUGCAAUGCUAGACCGUUUGGCGAUUAGCGAAAAAACCAUUGCCAGCAUGGCAGAAGGUUUGCAGCAAAUUGCCACCCUGCCUGACCCCAUUGGUGAAAUGAGCAAUUUUAAAUACCGCCCAUCUGGCAUACAAAUUGGCCAAAUGCGCGUGCCACUGGGCGUGAUUGGUAUUAUUUAUGAAGCGCGCCCAAACGUGACGGUGGAUGCGGCUGGGCUGUGCAUUAAAUCUGGCAACGCGGCGAUUUUGCGCGGUGGUAGCGAAGCUAUACACUGUAAUCAAGCUUUGGCUAAAUUGGUACAUGAAGGCUUGGCGGCGGCUGGCCUGCCAAAAUCUGCCGUGCAAGUGGUUGAAACGACAGACCGCGCGGCGGUGGGCGAGCUGAUUACCAUGAAGCAAUACGUGGAUGUGAUUGUGCCACGCGGCGGCAAAGGCUUGAUUGAGCGCAUUAGCAACGAUGCGCGAAUCCCCGUGAUUAAGCAUUUAGAUGGUAACUGCCAUGUGUAUGUGGAUGAUGACGCGGAUUUUGACAAAGCCUUGCGGGUGCUUGAGAACAGCAAAACGCAGCGCUUAGGCACUUGCAAUACUGCGGAAUCGUUACUCAUUGCACGCUCGGUAGCGAAAGAAAUGUUGCCAAAACUGGCGGAUAUGCUUACCAAGCACGGUAUUGAAAUUCGCGGGUGUGCAGAAACCUGCGCGCUUGUGAAACAAGCUAAACCGGCCACGGAAGAAGAUUAUUACACUGAAUAUUUGGCGGCGAUUAUUUCAUGUAAAGUGGUGACUGGCUUAGACGAAGCGAUUGCGCACAUUAACCAGCACUCUAGCCAACAUACCGAAGCGAUUGUGACCGAAAACUACACCAAAGCGCGUCGAUUCUUACGCGAAGUGGAUUCAAGCAGCGUCAUGGUGAAUGCCUCUACCCGCUUUGCCGAUGGCUUUGAAUAUGGCUUGGGCGCUGAAAUUGGCAUUUCUACUGACAAACUCCACGCACGCGGCCCAGUGGGGCUAGAAGGCUUAACUUCGCUGAAAUAUCAUCGUGCCGUCAUGGUGCAAAUAGCCAUUGCCAACAACCCUCUGUUUAAAUUAGAUAAGCGUGAGCUUUUACGCACUGGGGCUUCUUACACUUUUGACACCUUAGUCAGCCUGCGUGAAGAGCUAGGCAUGCAGGCCAGCAUCACACUUUUUAUGGGCAACGAUGCUUUUACAAAACUUAACACAUGGCAUCGCUGGCAAGAACUUUUAACCCUGUCCCAUAUUUGCUUGGUAGCAAGGCCGAGUAAACCCAAUCAGCCAACAGAGCGUUUAUCUAAGGGGCUUGAAAGCUAUUUGCAAGAGCAUUACACUGAGCUUAGUGAUGAAUUAACUCAGCAUGCGAAUGGCUUGAUUACCAUGCAGCACAUUACCGCUUUGGAUAUUUCAUCCACCGCAAUACGUGAGGCGCUUAAACAGCAACAUUCUAUGCGCUAUUUAUUGCCAGAUAACGUGCUAAGCUAUAUACAAGAACACCAACUUUACAUC